AUGUGCCAUCUUCAUUCUGUGGAGUCUUCUUCACGUUCUGCAAAUGCAGCUUGCAGCACAUCCGAUCGAGUAUUGUUGCCCACCGAUGUUCGUCCAAUCACUUACCGAUUGACAUUGAAUCCAGAUCUUGAAAAGUUUGUAUUCACUGUGGAUGAGCAAGUUGAUUUGAAGAUACAAAAAGAUCCAUCUUCCAUCACCAAGAUCGUAGCAAACAGCAAGGAAGUAGUUGUUCAUGAAGCUUCUCUUUCUAUUGGAGAAACCAAACUCGAGUUUAAGAGCAUUACAUACGAUGAAGCAAAUGAUUAUGUAAUUUUUGAAUUGGACAAUACCAAUACUGCGUUUUCUUCUCUCAAAAUUGAUGAUAUUGUCACACUCAAUAUUAAAUCCACUGGUGAAUUGAACGACAAACUUGUAGGAUUCUAUCGUAGCAAGUACUACAAGGAUGGCGUUGAAAAGUAUGGCUGUUGCACACAAUUCGAAGCAGUUGACGCUCGUCGAUGCUUUGUGUGUUGGGACGAACCAUCUUUGAAAGCUGUGUUUGAGGUAACUCUGAUUGCUCCAAAAACCUAUGUGGCACUCUCCAACAUGCAUUGUAUUGAGGAGAGAGAUCAUAAUCAAGAUCAAAAGCUUUGCAAAUUUGCUCCAACUCCAAUCAUGUCUACUUAUUUAUUAGCAUUUGUUGUCUAUGAAUUUGAUUACGUAGAAAUGAUUGCAACAGAAACUCAUAAUAAGAUUCCUGUGCGAGUUUAUACUCCUGUAGGUAAAAAAGAGCAAGGAGAGUUUGCAUUGCAAGUUGCUGCAAAAGUGUUGGCUCUUUAUGAAAAAUACUUUGAAAUUCCUUAUCCAUUAACAAAAUUAGACAUGGCAGGAGUUUCAUUAGCAGCAGGAGCAAUGGAAAACUAUGGUUUGGUUCUGUACAGAGAAAAUGCAAUCUAUGUCGAUCCAAAGAAUACCUCUUCAAGCGUCAAACAAUAUGUUGCAAUUGUAGUAGCCCAUGAGCUGUCUCAUCAAUGGUUUGGAAAUUUGGUUACCAUGGCUUGGUGGAACUCACUCUUCCUGAAUGAGGCAUACGCCACUUGGUGUGAAUAUUAUGCAACAAAUCAAAUGUUCCCUGAAUGGUUGGUUUGGGAACAAUUUGUGCAUGAUGAUUUCUUUAAAGCCAUGUCAUUGGACUCUUUAAAGUCAAGCCAUCCUGUUGAAGUACCUGUAAGAGUUGCUGCAGAAAUUGAUGAGAUCUUUGACGCCAUUUCUUAUUCCAAAGGAUGUUGUGUGGUAAGAAUGUUAAUUAACUUUUUAGGAGAAGAAAACUUUAGAAAAGGAAUGGUUCAUUAUUUGAACAAGUAUAGCUAUGCGAAUGCAGACACGGUUGAUUUGUGGGAUGCUCUCACACAAGCAACUGGUAUUGAUGUAACUUCAUUGAUGGAAUCAUGGGUCCUCAAAAUUGGAUUCCCUGUCAUCAGUGUGACUGAAAAGAUCAAUGGCAAUGACAAGGUGCUCACCUUGAGACAAGAUCGAUUUUUGGAAGAGAGUGGUAUUGACGCUUCUGACACUACCAUUUGGUCCAUUCCUGUAUCCUAUAUUGUCUGUUCAGAAGAUGACAAAAUCACAGAGAAUCAAUUCUUAAUGAAAGAAAAGGAAACAACACUCACCAUUCCUUCCAGCACCAAAUGGAUCAAAUUCAACAAAGAUCAAACUGCUUUCUUCAGACUGAAUUAUCAAAGUGAGAAUUAUUAUUCAAGUUUAGUAGAACCUAUUCGAAACAAGAAACUCUCAGCCAUUGAUCGAAUGUCAGUCAUUGAGGAUGCUUGUACCUUAUCCAAGAGUGGACUUGCCUCCACAGAAGGAGUGUUCACACUCAUUUCGGCCUAUACCAACGAGGACAACUAUACAGUGGUAUCAAGUUUGGCCACUUGUUUUGCCACUCUUUUUAAUAUUUACAAGCAUGAAGAGAACAUUGUUGAGAAAUUUAACAAGCUUGCCAUUUCCACAUUUUCAGGAAUUGCAUCCAAGUUAGGAUGGACACCAAAAGAAAAUGAAAGCCAUUUGGAUUCCAUGCUGAGACCAAUCGUUCUUAAUGCUCUUAUCAAGUAUGGAGACAAGACCACCAUUGAAAAGGCCACUUGUUUGUUUGAUCAAUAUAGAAAUGAUCCAAACUCUGUCAUUGCUGAUUUGAGAGGUGUUGCCUAUCAUGCAGCCUCAAAGUAUGGAGGUCAAGAGAGAUACAAUCAAUUACUUGAUAUCAUCCAAAAAACUGAAUUAUUUGAAGAGAAAAUUAGAGUGUUUCGUGCUCUUGGAGCAUCGAGCGACAACUCUCUCAUCUCCAAAACCCUUGGAAUGGUUCUUGAUGGUUCUGUUCGUUCUCAAGAUGUUAUUUAUUUACUUUCUGGAGUCUCUACCAAUCCAAAAGCCACAACUCUUGCUUGGAAAUUCUUAAUUGAUCAUUUUGAAGCAAUCAAACAAAAGUUUGAAGGAUCUUUCUUACCUGGAAGAAUUGUGAAAAUGUGUACAGAGACUGUCACUGAUCCAAAGGAUGUUGAAACCUUGAAAACAACACUUGAACCACUCAAGUUUAAGGGAAUUGAAAGAUCAGUAGAUCAGUCUAUGGAGGCCAUUUCUAUUAACAGCCAAUGGUUACAACGUUCUAAGGAUUCUGUAUUGAAAUGGCUCAAUACCAAUGUUCAAAAUCAGUAA